AUGCUGAUGACGUCAUAUUCAACGCGGCCAUUUUUAUUUCGGGCGAAUGCAAGCUAAAUGCUAUUAUGGCUGCACACUACAAAUAUGGCUGCUUUGUUUAUUCGUUCCCAGCAGGGCGGAGGCAGGAGGGGUAGCAGCGGUGACGAAGCCUGAGAAGGAGGGGCAAGUAAAUGCCACAGCAGCCGGUCGCUCAGCACUAGAGGCAGCGAAAACAGCUGUGGGCCGCCAGUGAACAGGGACGCCGGGUAUCCUAUCCCUUCGACAUCCCCUCUGACCCGUGGUGAGCAGUUCUCCGGUCUACCGGGCUCGGUGGCUGUUUGUUGGGGGUACAGACCAACCCCGCUGGCAUUUGCUUGUGGGUAAAUAUGUCUUCAGCCACUGGUGGAGACAGAGGACUGGAAUCAUCCUUGGAAGCUAGUAUCAGCAGCACGUGUUCAUAUGGAUCCACCCGUGCCAGAAUUUUUAAAAUUAUUGUCAUUGGUGAUUCCAACGUGGGAAAGACCUGCCUGACCUACCGCUUCUGCACAAGCUAUUUCCCUGAGCGGACAGAAGCCACCAUUGGUGUGGACUUUAGGGAGAGGUGUGUAGAUAUAGAUGGGGAAAGAAUAAAGAUUCAGUUAUGGGACACGGCCGGACAAGAACGGUUCCGCAAAAGCAUGGUACAACAUUACUAUAGGAAUGUACAUGCUGUGGUUUUUGUGUAUGACAUCACCAACAUGGCAAGUUUCCAGAGUCUGCCAGCCUGGAUAGAGGAGUGCAAGCGGCAUUUACUAACCAAUGAUGUGCCCAGAAUUCUGAUAUGGAAAGAGAUCCCAAAAGGAUAUAACCCCUGAUGUUAUGAGAAUAGCUACUGUAGAACAUCUAGAUGUCAUUGGACCCAAAGUACCACACCAAAAUAAUGUGGUUGCAGCAGUGUUGUCCUACAUGUUCAAAGUAAAAUGCUGUGUAAGACUGUCACCUGCAUAGUUUCAACGUUAUUUCUAGUCCAGUAGAUUCUGGGUCUAUGCUUUGUAAAAAUUCUAGUAAACCCAGCAAACUGAAUUUUUAAACAAUGUACUAAUCUAUCUUCACGUUGGGCCACCAGUUUGGGACAGGUGGGGGUUAAUGCACCGAUCUGGAGAGUGAAACUUCCAGAUCCUUCUCUGUAAUUAGUCCAGACAUCCAAGUCCAAAUCCCUAGGAUAGGUCAUAAAUGUAACAAGCCUAUCCUGUGGCCAAUAUGCAGCAGAUGAGUACAUUUAUACAGGUUUGGCUAUGACAUAUGAAUGGUCCUUUUGCUUUGCUGAUCAGAAAGAGGUCUCACUCUGUGACCCGCACUAAUCACCCACAUUGAUGGCCUAUGGGGAUCAACAAAAUUGUAAAAAAAAAAUAAAAAAACAAAAACUCCUGUAAUAUGUAUUUAAAAUUUGAACUUUGAAAAAAUAAGGGAAUAAGACUAGGGUUACAUCUUGAAUUUGGCUGUGUCAUGGUUAAUGUGGCCAAAGAUCACUAGGUUGCACUUCCUGAAUCAAGCAGCAUCGCAGUGACUGUAAGUGAAUAGUCAUGUUGAGACUUGCUAGUGACUGACCAGAAAUCCAUCCCCAAUUUAUUUCUGGUAUUUGUUAGGUCAUGGUUGUGACCAGAUGUGGGUCGCAAAGUGGCCCCAGUCACUUAGAUGCCGUUCAGCAAGAUUUAGAGAGGGUGAUCCAGCAAUCUUAAGCAAUGAGAUUAAUAUUGCAGCCAAAGCUGCCAUGCAGCUCUAGCCUUACACUUCUAGAAGUGAGGGAAAAGACAGCAUUCAGUGCUUAUACUUGAAAUAAUGAUUUUUCUGCAUUUUCUGUUUUUACCUAUGUCUCACUGAUCUGGCAUAUCUAGUUUUAUCAAUUGAAAUGCCAACAUGCUAGUUUUAUUUUCAGGGUUUUAAAAAUGAUACCUCUUUUACUAUACAUAUGCCGUUUUAUAAAGCAAAUUUAAACAAGGCUACAUGCAUCAUCAAUACUAAUGAGCAUCAUAAUGGACCCAAAGUACGUAUUACCAAUAUAUGAAGUAAAUGGGAGUUUUGGGUAUGCAUUUUAUAUAUUUAUUUGCCAAAAGUUCAUGGACUAUGCAAUGUCUUUCUAGUAUGUGUGUCUGUUGUCUUGUUUUAGUAUAUGUUUCACUGGCUCCUCAUAAAGGUAUGUGUUCAACCAUGAAAUUGCUGCUUUAGAAAAUGUUACACCUUAACUCUUUGUGGUUUCUAAUGCUUCACAUUCUUUUUAUUUGUAUGACUUUCCCCUGAACUUAAAGAUUCCAAUAAAAAAAGUUGCUAAUAAAUAG